AUGGCUUCAAACCCCAAGACGAACGAACCCUCCCAAAUUACGGGCCAGAUCAAUACCGCCAUCGGGCUGGCUGAACAGGCAGUCGGUGCGGUUAUCCACGAAUCACUUGGCUCGACCAGCUGGACAGAGUCGGGUACGGCGCUACAGGCAGCAGGGGAGAAGGAGGUGGAAGAGGCCAAGAGGAAGAAGGCUGUUGAAGCUGGUGUUGAUGCUGGUGUGGGUAAAGUCAAGUCAGCGGUGGGCUACGUAACAGGCGACCAAUCCCAACAAACCCAAGGCAACACCCAAGUCGAAAAGGCUCAAUGGGACUACAAACAAGCUUCCUCCGAUUCACCUCUGUCUGUGCCCGUACCGAGCGUAGAGGGUGUCAAGGGAAAGCUGGAGAGUGUGCAGGGGAUUGUGACGGGCGAUGCAGAGAAGCAGAAGGAAGGGAACGUCAAAGCAGAGAAGGCUGCUUGGAAGGACGGUGUGUAA